CUGCACCACCCACCCCGCGGCCUCCCCCACCUCUUUGAAGCCCGAAGGCGCCCCCCGCAGGCCCGCAUCAACAACUCCUCUUUUUCUUCGCCCCGAAGCCGAGGAGGACAAGAGAGCAGGGAGACACAGCGCGCGCCCGGGAUCUCCAAGAAGUCGUGGUAACAUGGGGCUCACCUUCACCAAGCUCUUUAGCCGCCUCUUCUCCAAGAAGGAGAUGAGGAUCCUCAUGGUUGGUCUCGAUGCGGCUGGUAAGACCACCAUCCUCUACAAGCUCAAACUCGGAGAGAUCGUCACCACCAUCCCCACAAUCGGGUUUAAUGUGGAGACUGUUGAAUACAAGAACAUUAGCUUCACUGUCUGGGAUGUCGGGGGUCAGGACAAGAUCAGACCAUUGUGGAGGCACUAUUUCCAGAACACUCAAGGCCUUAUCUUUGUUGUUGAUAGCAAUGACAGAGAUCGUGUUGUUGAGGCAAGGGAUGAACUCCACAGGAUGCUGAAUGAGGAUGAGUUGAGGGAUGCUGUCUUGCUCGUUUUUGCUAACAAGCAAGAUCUGCCCAAUGCAAUGAAUGCUGCUGAGAUCACUGAUAAGCUUGGUCUCCAUUCCCUGCGCCAACGCCACUGGUAUAUCCAGAGCGCUUGUGCUACAACAGGAGAAGGUUUGUACGAGGGUCUUGACUGGCUCUCCAACAACAUUGCAAACAAGGCCUGAUUGGACUCGUCUGCGGUUUCGUGGAGUACAUGGCAAUUGCAUUUUCGGCAGGAAGGGAGCCAUGGGUCAUUUUGACCUUCAGACUUGAUUAUUAUUUCAUUGGAAUGCUUGUUGAGUAUUGUAUUUCUUUGCUAGGCUUUUCAGAGAUCUGGUUUGUUGUUAUGUUGCGUAAUUACUCUCUAAAAACCUGUUCCAAUAUUACGUAAUUGGCCACUGGCUUUAGAUCA